UCUCCCCUUGUCUCUCUCCGUCUUUAGGCUUGGGGCUGGAGAGGAGAGCGCCCCGACUCGUCUCGCUCGUCGGGUAGAAACCCUAGCUUCGUAUAAACCCAAACCCCCCGCCUCGCCGGAGCGGCGGCAGCAGCCGGAGGCGCCGGCCGCCAUGGACGCGAUGCGGAAGCAGCUGGACGUGCUGAUGGGGGCCAACCGCAACGGCGACGUGCGGGAGGUCAACCGCAAGUACUUCGACCGCGACGUCUGCCGCCUCUUCCUCGCCGGCCUCUGCCCCCACGACCUCUUCCAGCUCACGAAAAUGGAUCUCGGACCCUGCCCCAAGGUCCACUCGCUUCAGCUGCGGAAAGACUAUGAAGAGGUAAAAGCAAAGGGGUCGGAGAAUUUCGACAGGGAGCUCGAGGACAUGAUAGACAGGCUCAUCGUGGAGUGUGAGCGGAAAAUCCAGAGGGCGCUGAAGCGCCUCGCCGACGAGGAUGCCAAGGCUGCUAUCGCGAUAUCUGUGUCCGAGGUCACUCAGUCUGAAGAAGUUGCGCAGCUGUCAAAGGAAAUCAAGGAGAAGAUGAAAGAAGCUGAUAUCUUCGAUUUUGAAGGGAAGACUGAUGAUAAAAUCAAGACCAUGGAAUUGGUCGAAGAAUUAAGAUCUAAAAGGGCUGACCUGCAGGCUACCCUCUUGCUUGAUGCCUUUAACAAGGACCGAGCUGCAAUACCUCAACCUAUUCCACCUCCUCAAAUGGCAACACUGCCAGCACCUCCUCCUCCUGAUGCUCGUACUCAAGAACUGAUCAAUGAGAAGCUGAGUAAAGCUGAAGCCCUUGGUGAACAAGGGAUGGUAGAAGAAGCGCAGAAGGCUUUAGAAGAAGCAGAAGCUCUCAAAAAGUUGGCAGCGGCACGGCAGGAGCCAGUUGCUGAUCCUUCUAAAUACAGUGUUGCUGAUGUCCGAAUUACUGAUCAGAAGUUGCGCCUCUGUGACAUAUGUGGAGCAUUUUUGAGUGUCUAUGACAAUGAUCGACGUCUUGCUGACCAUUUUGGAGGGAAGCUACACUUGGGUUAUAUGUUGAUUCGUGAGAAACUGAAAGAACUCCAGGAGGAGAGGACCAAAAAAAGGACCGAGAAACCUGAAGAUGACAGACGAUCAAGGGAAAACAGCAGGGACCGCAAUGGGCGGGCAUCCAGGGAUAGAGAUGCAGAAAGAAAGGACAGGGUUGAGCCCCGGGAUAGCAGAAGAGACCACGAUAGGGAUCGUGAUAGGCGCCAUGACAGGGACCGUCGCCAUGACCGCGACCGUGAUAGAGACCAUGACCGCUCCUCCCGUGGUAGAGAGCAUGACCGUGAUAGGAGAAGGGAACGCUCUCGAUCCAGGGACCGCAGCAGGCGCCAUGAAAGAUAUUGAGUCUGUUGCUCCAUGGCUGGCUGAUUCCCCUGGGGGAUACUCUCGUCUUCCUGCAUGAUAGUGAUGGUGCUUUUUAAGAUAUAUGGUGAGGUUGCGCUUUGUACUGGAGAAAGGAAGAUAGUCUUGAUGUUUGUCUUCGCUGCUGGAUUGUUAGUCACAAACCCUGUGCUCCUGUUAUGCAUCUUUUCUGUCUAUCUGACCUGAUGUUGUGUACUUAUACUGUUUUAUAUGUUACCAACAAUGUAUGAGUUUUGUGUUACUCAAGCCUCCUUGGCCCGGUUGUCAAACUCACAUGUGACGGUAUUUGUAAUUUGCUUAUCUUAUGAUGGUAUGGAGCUAAUUUUCUC